ACAUCUCCUCUUGCAUGCUUAAAUGCAAUGCUGCACACAAACUCCCGAGGUGAAGAGGGCAUCUUCUAUAAAGUCCCAGGUAGAAUGGGAGUGUAUACUUUGAAGAAAGAUGUGCCAGAUGGAGUGAAAGAGCUGUCAGAAGGUUCAGAAGAAAGCAGUGAUGGUCAGUCAGAUUCUCAGAGCUCUGAGAACAGCAGCAGCAGUGAUGGUGGCAGCAACAAAGAGGGGAGAAAGAGCAGGUGGAAAAGGAAAGUAUCAUCUAGACUGUCGCAGCCAUCCUCUCCCCAGUCAGGCUGCCCAUCACCCACCAUUCCAGCAAGUAAAGUAAUUUCUCCAUCACAGAAGCAUAGCAAAAAGGCAUUAAAGCAGGCCCUGAAGCAGCAACAACAGAAGAAGCAGCAGCAACAAUGCAGGCCAAGCAUGUCCAUCUCCAAUCAACACCUCUCUCUCAAGACUGUCAAAGGCAGUGACUCAGCACCAACCAAACCUGCCCUGUGGGAAGGAAAGCAAUCUGAUGGACAGUCAAGCAGUCCGCAGAACUCAAACUCCAGCUUUUCUUCUUCAGUGAAAGUGGAAAGUUCUCUGCUAGGAUUGGGGAAGAAAUCUUUCCAGAGGUCUGACAGACUCCACACAAGACAAAUGAAAAGGACUAAAUGUGCUGAUAUUGAUGUUGAGACACCUGACUCCAUUCUAGUUAAUACUAAUCUUCGAGCACUGAUCAACAAGCACACCUUUUCAGUUCUUCCUGGAGAUUGCCAGCAGCGCCUGCUUUUAUUGCUUCCAGAGGUGGAUCGACAGGUUGGUCCUGAUGGCUUGAUGAAGUUGAAUGGCUCAGCCCUUAACAAUGAGUUCUUCACUUCUGCAGCCCAAGGCUGGAAGGAAAGGCUCUCAGAAGGUGAAUUUACUCCAGAAAUGCAGGUAAGAAUUCGACAAGAGAUUGAGAAGGAGAAGAAAGUAGAGGCCUGGAAGGAACAAUUCUUUGAAAGCUACUAUGGUCAGAGGUAAGCUAAAGCAGACUGUAAUCCAGACACUAAUUUCUACACAUGUCAUGUGACGCCUCCAUGUUUUCACCUUAUUAGAAAGUAUAGUGCCUAGUUCUUUGUAAUUUUUAUUACAUGAAUUCUUUUUCAUUAAAAACAGCUUUAGCCAGGAGGUGGUGGCGGCAGCACACGCCUUUAAUCCCAAUUAGGGAGCAGAGGAAGGCUGGUCUCUGAGUUCAAGGCCAGUCUGGUCUACAGAAUGGGUUCCAG